UGUACAGUCACACACCAGACAUCAAAACCUUAUGUUUUGUUAUGUUUCGUAUUAGGAGAUAUAAAAUUAAAUUGCAAUGUAAUAGUUUUACAGAAACAUAAUGACGAGCUACAAUGAAUUACAGAAGGAGCGUGAAGAGAACGCCGCCAAGCUGGUUAUGAACACAUUUUACAAAAUUGAUAACAAAGAUGGAGUUACUGCGUCUGAAAUCACCAAGUACCUACAGGACAAGUUCGGGGACGUGUGGAGGGCAAGCAAUUUGACAGACAAAGCUGAAGAUACAUUGAAACGCAGUGCAGCCUUAGGGUUCUUGGAGAGGCGAGGGGAGCGUUAUAUAGCCAACCUGGCCCGGGGGCUAUGUAGCUGGCGCAGGCGGCGCAGAAGAUGCUGUCGAAGAAAACGGAAAAGACGCUGCAGUAGACGAAGAAGACGGCGUAGAAAGGGAGGCUGCAAGUGUGGUUGACGAUAACAUUGACUUUGAAAUAAAUGUCUUCAGAGAUACAAGACUGGACUUUGAACUGAACCAUAGCGUCCGUCCCCACACAGGGCGCGGUCCCAAUGAAAGGCGAUGCGGUUGUCAAAUAUUUAUUUAAUCUCUAAAUCAUAUUUACACGUGUUUGAAACAUACAUCAUAAAGUAACCGAAACAUUAACAUUGGUUUACACGAGUUACAAGACCAGCUACUCUACGACAGCGGGCUAGCUACGGUCGACAUGACCUGUCGGGACUCUACAGUACUCUCUCGACGGUAUGUAGAUAUUAUGAUUUGGAAACAAAGGCGACUUUUCGUUAAACAGUAUCGCCCUUGCCUCAUUUUGUUUACGAACCGUAAUUCCCGAUCUAACCCACGACA